GCAGUGUUUAGUCCAGCUCCCUUGCCUCAAUAAACCGUGUAAAAUUCAAGAUCAGCCGGCUCUGCUUGGUAUGUUCCUGGCGUUCAAGAACCUCUCGGCACGGCAAAGUGCCGGGUACGCCGUGUUGUGCGUGGCGCUGGGUCUCGGUAUCAAGUACAUGGACGACCACAUGCCGCAGCGAGACUUGACCAAGACUCAGGGCGAUGGACUGGUGCGUCGCAUGUGAGGGCCCAACUGCUUCAGGAUGAAUCAAGCUGACCCAGAUGCUGCUGCAGGCCUGGAGCGACUUGGACAAGCAGCCGGAUGCCACCAGGAGGCGCUAGUCGCCGCUGAGACGCCGCUAGGAUUCCGGACGAUCGCAAUGCUUGCGAUCUCUGUUACAGACCGGUUCAUGGACUUUAUCGUGCGACGGCGCAAACAUCGCGGUCUAUAUACCUCUCGAAGUUUGGUCGGUUGUAAGGCAAAACUGGAGUGCUCUGCACCACAGAUGAUCUGGAAAUUAUUACAGAACGGCAUGUCCCUAUUCGCUUCCUUUGUCACGAACUGAUUAGUCCCCUGGUCUUCAAAAUACACUUUGGCAUUCGAUGGUAAGCAGCACUCCGAACUAAAUGUUAAUGGAUUCGAUCUAAUAUUCGCGAGAGGAGUCUGCGGACAUUAUCGUCUUUAGGAGUACAUGCAACUACUGUUUCUGUGACGUCCCGCCUCACGGCUGAACAUCACUAGUCGAGCAUACAUAUCCCUCAUUUAAUGAGCUCACGUAGAUGCGCUGCAUUACACAGCGAGUUUGUGGCAACGGGAAACAAGUAAACAGCUCCGUAAUAAACAAAAUGUGGAUCGAGCCUGCUAUUAUGGAGGUGUUCAUAUGGCCCAGUACCUGUGGCGAACUAUUCUGCGGCGUUCCCAAACCUUAAGAGUGCCCGCUGUAUUUAUCGAAAGAGUCGAGCGAGCGCUUGGAUCAUGCCACGUGCCGAUUUCAAGAACAGCGCACCGAACGCUGCAUCCACAACACGAUAGUAUUCAUAACGUUAGUUACAGACACUCACCUUUUCAUUAAUUGAAAACUCCAGUUUUACCUUUCAAA